UUCUCUGCGGAGGGCUCCGGGCUCCACUUCCGGUGGCGCCUAGGGACGCCUUUGGACCCAGCAGGCAUGCGGGCACCUGUGGUUGAGGCUUUUCUGUUCCCGCAGCAGCGGUGCUGAGCCAAGUGGGAGCUUUGAAAAAUUAAAUAGUGCUUCCUAGAGCCAUCAAGAAGGAGAAUGUCUGUGACACUGCACACAGAUGUGGGCGAUAUCAAAAUAGAAGUCUUCUGUGAGCGAACACCCAAAACAUGUGAGAAUUUCUUGGCUCUUUGUGCCAGUAAUUACUACAACGGCUGUGUGUUUCAUAGAAACAUCAAGGGCUUCAUGGUUCAAACAGGAGAUCCAACAGGAACUGGAAGAGGAGGCAGCAGUAUCUGGGGCAAGAAGUUUGAGGAUGAGUACAGUGAAUAUCUGAAGCACAAUGUUCGAGGUGUUGUAUCUAUGGCUAAUAAUGGCCCAAAUACCAAUGGAUCUCAGUUCUUCAUCACCUAUGGCAAGCAGCCACACUUGGACAUGAAAUAUACAGUGUUUGGAAAGGUAAUUGAUGGCCUGGAGACUUUGGAUGAGUUGGAGAAGUUACCCGUAAAUGAGAAGACAUACAGACCUCUUAAUGAUGUCCACAUUAAGGACAUAACUAUUCAUGCCAACCCUUUUGCUCAGUAGCUGUAAUAGACCUGGGCACAUACUUGGCAAACACUUCACUGGAACACGCCCAUUGUGGUUUAUCCGGUUCUCCUCCUCCUGGUGUUUACAAUAAUGGGCUCUAUGUGGGAGCCCUGCAGCUUCA